GGGCAAACUGGCACCAGCUGCUGCUUCGGCGGAUACAGCGGAGGCGCGACUCACGCGCCGAGUCAGACAACACGAGCGUGGUUUGUACAUCAUUGGUGAAAAGACAGGUUCCUCGAUCAACGACCUCGCAACCAUGGCCGCCGCCCGCCCCCGGAUCAUCCUCUUUGAUGGCGAGAUCCCGCACGAGUCGACGCCGCAAGCCAACUUUAUCGAGAUGCAGCAGCAUCAAAAAGCCAGCACGCACGGCCUCCUCUACGACGUGAACCGGGACCACCGGGCCAUGUCGCCUACGCACCGGACGCCGACGCCGGCGCGCAAGCCGCCCACGUACAACCCGAGCGACUAUGGCUUCACGGCCAAGAUGCGCAGCCCGACGGCCAUGUUCAUCGGCGCGGUGCUUGGCGCAAUUGUUGGCGGCGUGCUCGCCAACUACAAGGCGCUCAACGGCGACGACAUCACGCCGGUCGCGGCGCAGUGGGUCUCGCUCGUCGGGUCGCUCUUCUACCGCGCCAUGACGUGCAUUGUGAUCCCGCUCGUGCUGUCGUCCAUGGCGCUCAGCGUCUCCGAGAUGCUGCGCAUCGGGAAGGGCACAGCGAUUUCGUGGCGCGUCGCCUUGUACUUUUUGCUCACGAAAGUGCUCGCGGCCACGACCGGGCUUGUGAUUGCACUGGCGUUUGCGUCUCAGUUUCAAAACAUCGAUGCCUCGCACAAGCAGCGCGACAUUACAUCGGACGCCAAGAUGUGGCUGCGCUGCGGCAGCCUCCCGUCCGACGACAAGUUUAUGACGCUCUCGACCAACGGCAGUAUCACGUGCGAGAGCCGCGACCCGCUGGAUGCGCGCGCGAUGGCCAACUCAUCCUUUGUCAUGCGCGACACCAACAACGUCUUUGUGAAGAACGCCGACAUUGGCGCAAUGCCGAAGCGCACGUUUGCCCAAGCCGUCAUUGACAUCUCCAACGACAUUGUGCCCGACAACGUCGUCAAGGCUAUGGUGUCGACCAACGUCCUCUCGGUUGCGAUGUUUGGGCUUCUCUUUGGCGCCGCCGUCUGCAAGAACUACCGCCAAAACUCGACGGGCACGCAUUACGUCAUGGACAUUCUGCGCCAAGUCAACCACGUCUGCACGGUCCUCGUGCACUGGCUGCUCGUGCUUGCUCCAAUCGGCGUCGCGUCGCUGAUCGCGGGCGUCGCGGCGUCCAAGCAGCCGAUCGUUGGCGACGGCCGCGCGUUCUUUGCGCAAACGUACGCGUUCUUGCUGACGCUGGGCAUUGCGAUCGUGGUGUAUACGUGCAUGCUGCUGCCGCUCUUCCUCGGCCUCCUCGCGCGCAUGAACCCAUACCCAUACCUGCUCAAGAUGUUUCCGGCGCAGCUGUUUGCGUUUUGCACGGCGUCGAGCGCCGCGACGCUGCCCGUGUGCAUGCGCUGCGUCGAAGGCACGAAAGAAGUGAGUCAGUCGCUUGCACGCUUCGUCAUUACGCUCGGCGCGCCGCUCAACAAGGACGGCGCGGCGAUUUACCUCUCGGUUGGCAUUGUGUUCUUGGCCAACAGCGCCGGCGCGACGCUCUCGGGCCUCGACCUCUUCUUGACGAUCGUGCUGAGUCUCGUCGGCUCGAUGGCCGUGGCACCCGUGCCCGGUGGCUGCCCGGCCGUGCUCUACUGCAUUUGGACGUCGCUCACGUCGGUGAAUUCCAACCAAGUGCCUGGCGCGCUUCAGACGCUCCUCCUCCUCGAUUGGUUUGUCGACCGGUUCACGGCCGCGGUCAACGUCACAGGCGACACGGUCGUCGCCCGCGUGAUCGCCAAGCAGAUUGAUGAACAAGGCGUCGACGAGCAGACCGCCGACUACUAA